AUGGAACCCUAUGAGGCUCUGUAUGGAAAACCAUGUCGUUCCCUUGUGUAUUGGGCAGAAGUUGGAGAUAGGUCAUUAUUAGGGCCCGAAAUUAUCCAACUGACAACUGAAAAGAUUAAGACUAUUCGGAAAAAACUCAAAACUGCCCAAAGUAGGCAAAAGAGUUAUGCGGAUGAUCGACGAAGAGAUUUGGAAAUUGAAGUAGGUAAUCACGUUUUUGUAAAGGUUACUCUGAUAAAGAGGCAUCCCAGAUUCGGAAAAAGGGAUAAGUUAACACCCCGAUAUGUUGGUCCGUUCCAAGUUCUAGAGAAAGUGGGUGCAGUAGCUUACCGAGUUGCUCUUCCACCAUGUAUGAGCCCAAUACAUAAUGUAUUUCAUGUAUCUAUGCUUCGAGGGUAUCUUUCGGAUCCGUCUAAUGUUAUUGAUUACCACCAAAUCGUUCUAGAUGAUAAGUUAACUUAUGAAGAAAAGCCAAUUCGAAUUCUAGAUUGGCAAGUGAGACAACUACGGAACCGAGAGAUUUCGAUGGUGAAAAUCGAAUGGUAG